UUGCCCGGCAGCAUCUCCGUCGGAAAGUGCGCUCGCCACAUCCCUUCGGCCUCCCGUGAACGUUUCAUCUCCCUCAACUUGGGAAGGGAGAAACCUCAGCUGUGAAGUAGCUGUGCAGAGAGCUCGGGAAAGCGCCCAGUUGGACAGGGACCCAGAGAGCAAGAGCCAGCGCGCCCCUCGCUCGAGAAUCACAUUCAGCAGCGGGGACUCAGCAUCCGCCGCGCUCCAGCCAGGCGCUGCCAGCCCAGAGGACCCUGCGCGCACUUCGAACCCGUGGCGGACUCCGGAACCCGGAGCUGCGGGGCGCUCCCGGCAGGUCUCGGCAAACUUUCCCCCAGCCCACGUGCUAGCGAGGCGGCUGGCGUCAGGAGCCCGGGAUGGAGCGCUGCGCCUAGGCACGCCGCACAGCCCGAGAAGUUCAAGUCAGGGAGAUGCUGACCGCGCGGAACUGACCAGUGCCAUCUCUGGGUUACUGGCAACUCUCCCUUUGCGUCGUCCCCAGCAGCGGUCACCGCUGGCUCCUCGGAUGAGCCCUUCAGUUCCCCGACUUUGAGAGGCGUCUCUCCCCGACCCGACCGCCCAGAUGCAGUUUCGCCUCUUCUCCUUUGCCCUCAUCAUCUUGAACUGUAUGGAUUAUAGCCACUGCCAAGGCAACCGAUGGAGACGCAGUAAACGAGGUGGGUCCUACUCCUCCGGAGCUAGUUAUGUAUCAAAUCCCAUUUGCAAGGGUUGCUUGUCUUGUUCUAAGGACAAUGGGUGCAGCCGAUGUCAACAGAAGUUGUUCUUCUUUCUUCGAAGAGAAGGCAUGCGCCAGUAUGGGGAGUGCCUCCAUUCCUGCCCAUCGGGUUACUAUGGACACCGAGCUCCAGAUAUGAACAGAUGUGCACGAUGCAGAAUAGAAAACUGUGAUUCUUGCUUCAGCAAAGACUUUUGUACUAAGUGCAAAGCAGGUUUUUAUUUGCAUAGAGGCCGUUGCUUUGAUGAAUGUCCAGACGGUUUUGCACCAUUAGAUGACACCAUGGAAUGUGUGGAAGGAUGUGAAGUUGGUCAUUGGAGUGAAUGGGGAACUUGUAGCAGAAAUAAUCGCACAUGUGGAUUUAAAUGGGGUCUGGAAACCAGAACACGGCAAAUUGUGAAAAAGCCAGCGAAAGACACAAUACCAUGUCCGACCAUCGCUGAGUCCAGGAGGUGUAAGAUGGCCAUGAGGCACUGUCCAGGAGGGAAGAGAGCACCAAAGGCGAAGGAGAAGAAGAACAAAAAGAAGAAGAGGAAGCUGAUAGAAAGAGCCCAGGAGCAACACAGUGUCUUCCUAGCUACAGACAGGGCUAGCCAAUAAAAUAAAAGACACAUCUGGUGGAUUUUGGGGGUUUUUUGUUUUUUGUUUUUUUUGCAAAAGUGCACAGAGCUACUCUCCACUCCCGGACACUGGUGCGCGGUGCUUAUGCCGCUCUGACCAGUAUCUGUUCUCAGUGACAUUGUGAAAGGAGGAGCCACGAAGUGGUCUCGGUGUUAUUUAUGCUUCGAUUUGCAGCUGGAGACUAAGGUGGGAGCUCAUGGCCUGCACCAGGGGAAGCAGGAGUGAGGGAACAGCCUGUGACUUGGCUGCGUCCUGCGGUCCUAGCACCCCCACAGAGGAGGAGGUGUGAGGCCGCAGACCACCGUUGGAGGACAGACUUUGUGCAUAUUUAUGGGCAGGAAGAUGCUCAGCAGGCAAAGUGCUCUCUCAUCAUGUCCUUUACUUCUCACGUUGUGCACUGUCAAGGAUAAAUGUAUGUGGAUAUCUGCUUAGUGUGACCACGUGUUGUCCUCAGCAUCUGUUCCCUUCAGACUGUCGUGGGGCAGAACUGUUCUUACCUGGGCAUGUGCUACGGGAGUUCCUCCUCGGUUUCACAGUGGCUCUAAUAUGUACAUAUUCUGCUGGGGCUUCGCAUAAACCUCUU